GUUGAUGUCACCUACAUCCUGGCUGAGAGUGAUCUUGUGCUGUUUGAGGAGCAAGUCUCAAGUGUGAAGGAAGUGGUUUUGAAACCUGGGGCCAUUGUGGGACUGAAGAAGGCACAGAACAAGGAGAAAGUCCAGACUGUCUCCAUCCUCAGAGAUCAGGACAGUCGAGAACAGAUGUUCCUCACUCUUCAGAUGGAAGGCUACAAGGGAAAAUUCCAAGUUCCUGUGCUGAGAUCUGACACACGGUUCUUCCCCAUGAUCUCAGAAACUAAUGGGUUUAUUUCACAAGUCUCCAGUGAAGAAGGACUCCUCAAGACAAUCAUCCUCCGUUCUCCUGUUCAGGUGAUCAACCAGUUUGACCAACCAGUGGAAGUAUUUUACAUGACAAAGCAGGGGAACGAGGUGGCAAGGAUUGGGGUAGUUGAACCCCUGGCUACUCUGAAUCUUCCUCUUGAUGCUGUUUAUACCCCAACAGCUGAGCUCUUCUUCCGAGUCAAUGGG